AUUCCUCGUCGCGCAACCAAUUGCAGAAAUCUAUUUUACAACAUGAAGUUGUAGUCGAUAAAAAAAUCUACGUCUUUAAAAAAAAUAAAAAUAAGAAGCCGUAACAAAAUGGCGUUGACCUGUUAUUGGAAUUGUUGAGGUCGGUCGGUACGUUUUCUAAUAUUAGAUAGUGUAUUUGGUGUUAUUUAUGUUUGAAUGAAAAUUUGUGGACAGUAUAGUAGUGUUUCAUUACGUUACUUGUUAGAAUCUCGAGAAAACCAUGUCGGAGCAAGGGGACGUGCAGCAGCCUAGUAGCCCUGCAGAGAGGGACAAGGCACCAUCAAGAGUCAUUAUCUCAGAGUCUGAGAUAUCCACUUUGACGCCUACAGAAUGGGUAAACCGUUGGCAUCAGCAAGAAUCUUAUAUCACUAGUUUGGAACGGAGACUCUCUCUUCAAGAAGGGGAAAUCAUCGAGAUUCGACAAAUCAAUGAUAGAUUAAGGGGGCAGUUGCAUGACUCACAGCAGAGGGAGAAAAUGCUUGUUCGUAGACUCACAGCUAAAGAACAGGAAACCCAAGAUUUUGUGUGUCAACUAAACGAAUUAAAAAACUCCCAGGCCCCAACCAUUCCUUCACUUCGGUCGGCAAUGUUGGACCCCGCUGUAAACAGUAUAUUGCAGCAACUGAGGCAGGAACUACAGGAGACGAAAACGAAGUUAGAAAAUACCCAAAACGAGCUCUCAGCAUGGAAAUUCACCCCGGACAGCAAUACGGGAAAGAGGCUUAUGGCCAAAUGUCGAUUGUUGUAUCAGGAAAAUGAAGAAUUGGGAAAAAUCACGAGUUCCGGCCGAAUAGCGAAGUUGGAAAGCGAUCUGGCAUUACAGAAAAGCUUUUCGGAAGAAGUGCGCCAGUCCCAAAACGAUCUGGACUCGUUCCUGGCCGAUCUGGACGAGGACGUGGAGGGAAUGCAAAGUACAAUUUUGUUCCUACAAACCGAACUAAAGCUCUCCAAGGAGCACGUCCAGACGUUACAAAAGGAAAAUAGUACACUUAAAAUGACUAAUGGUCGAUCGAACGGUGAUAGUAACAGUGUUUGUGAACAGGAACGGACGGACUCCGAUACCGAACUCGAUAGGACACGUGCUAAAAGAGUUAGAAGGUCGUCCGUGUUAAGUAUUGAAUAUAACGAUGACGAUGCGUUAGUGAUUGGUUCGAAUGGAGAUGUUGCCAUGUCUUCAGACGUCGAUUAAGUUCAUAUUUCGCGUUGGCUUAUGCCUGAUGGGUUACAUUUUUUGACAAAAACUAAGAAAAUUAUUUCAAAUAUGUAUUUGGAACUUUACUAUUUUUUUUAAGUUAUCUCUUUAUUGAAGGACUUUUAACAGAUAUACUUUUCUUAUAUACAAUUAGAAAUUACAAGAGAAUUUUAAUCUUUCUGUCAGUCAUAGCUACUUGAUCAUAAAACUUUAUAAGCAUACAAUACUUUUUACACCCUAGUAAUGUUUUUAUUAUGAUUUUACAUAACUCAUGCUCAUUCUUUAUAAACGAAUGAGAAAAAUCAAUGUAUGUAAAGUAAAAUUCAUGAAUGAGGCACAAUACUUAAAUUGCAAUACAAGAAAAAACUUUGCUACUAUUUCAAUACUUAGAGUCUAUCUUCCUAGUUUUUAUGCUAGAAACGACUGACAAAUAAAAAGCUCAACGUAAAAAUAUCAUGCACACAAAUAUACAUAUACUUAUUUUUUUCCUUAUAAUACUUGGGAAAAAUGUGUCCUGGUAAAAGAAAAUUUAGGGCUGGUUUAGGGUGAUAAUAAGCAGGGCACACUUCAUAAUAACUAUCAUUUGCUGAGUUUUAUAAUCAAGUAGUUUUUUUACUUGACUUGAGUUUUUUAAAAGAAAUUACUUAUACAUUUUCCCAAAAAA